AUGAUGUUGUCCAUCAAUAUGCGCAGAUCUCGCGCAAUCAUACAAAAUUUGUCGCCGCUUCCUCGGCGAUGGCUGAGCAGCAGGCCAACCAGAACAACAUACAACUCCUCGCGCCCCAAUCGAGAUGAUUCUCAGUAUGAAAGGCGCAACUCCUCUUGGCGCGACGAUGAGGUCUCUUAUAGAAUCCACGGGGGUAAUCGAGGGCGAGACAGCAAAUUUGCAUCUCCGCGUACGGGCACCGGCCGCAGCUUUCCGUCAAGAGCACCGCCGUCCAGCCGAGACGGUUUUGAGUAUGAGAGACGAAAUAACUCUCGGCGCUCUGAUGAUUUUUCGGAUAGGGACAUGAGAGUGGAUCGUGGGCGGGACAGCAGAUUCUCAACAUCACGUACUGCUACGCCUCGGACGCUACGAAGUCUGCCGCCGAGGUCACAACCACCACCCAAAAAAGAGCCAGGGUUGGCUUUGAUACCGAAGCUGUCCGAAGAAGAGCAGAGCAAGAUCAGCACUCCCAAGCAACUAUGGGCAGCCAGCUCAAUGUUUUUCACACCACCCACGAGACCCAAACAGUCUCCGCAACCACGUCAACAGCCCCAAAGAGGUCGCAACUCAGCCGUAGCGUCCGCAAGCGCAAUCAGAGCGGCAAUUCGAGGCCUACCGGAAGAGACACCUGAUAGCGGCGUAACCUCCGGGGGCACCAUCUUCGCUGGCACAGCUAAUGACACCUCCUACGGUGAAGCCAACAAUUUCUUCCGACUCCCGCCCGCCACCUUCCUUUACAGCGCAUUUCGCUUCAAGCAGCACCCGAUCAACACCACCACCCCCGAGAUCUGUAUCGUAGGCGCCAGUAACUGCGGCAAGUCGACCUUCGUUAACGCCCUCACUGGCGCGUCUGCGGACAGGCUCGCGAAGGUGAGCGACAAGGCGGGCAAGACUGUGGCCAUGAACGCGUAUGGUGUGGGACCUCUAAGCGGCAUCCCUUUCCGCAAGCCACUUUCCCCGGAUGCCGCUGGCGAAAAACCUUCGCAGCAUGGUAUGAUACUCGUUGAUACACCUGGAUACGGCCACGCCAGUCGGCAGGAGUGGGGCCAGGAAAUUGCCGAAUAUGUGAACAAGCGUACGAUGUUGAAGGGCGUCAUUCUUCUUCUGUCUGCGGAGAAGAAAGUUUCAAAGCAGGAUGAGCAGGUCAUGAAGCUGUUGGCGGGCGCGGGCAGGCCCGUGAUGGUGGUGUUUACCAAGAUGGACAAGGCCCUGCGCAGUCGUGCCAGAGAGGAGGGUGGUAUUGCAGAGAGGCUGAGGGAAGUGGAGAGGAGUUUUUCAUACACUGGCUGGGACGGUUGGGUACCGAAAAUUCACCUCACGGCGGCAAGGAUGGAGCGCGAUAAGAGUUGGGGGUUGGACGUGGCGCAUAGCGCGGCUGGAAUGGCGGGCGUAAGGAUGGCGGUGUUGGAGUUAGCAGAGCUCAAAGAAUUUGUUGCACCGGAGAGGAAGCUCCAUGUAAAGAGAGGGAAAGAUGAAAAACACCAGGCAGUUGUGUCUAAUAUAAAGGAGGAGGAGCCCGUGGAAAAGGAAAUGGGGCAGAAGAGACAGGAGCCCGGAAAGGCUUUGGAGAGCGACCCUGCGGCAUGGUCAGGUAAGGUUGUCUCAUUUGAGGAACUGGAGAAGAAGUUUGGAGAUUGGAGCUCGUAG